UGGACUUUUGAUAUGGCCGUUUCGAUACACAACUGAUAGGCUUAACGUCCAUAACGGCUCCGGCCAGAUGGACUUUUUUCACUGGUCAAUUGCCAUCUACACAGCUUUUCGACCCUGCAUCUCUAAUCUUGUACGAGGCGAACAACGUGCCUGGGCUUGUCUUGAUUCAGCGACAUCUUCAACGUCUACCAGCGUCCAGCUCCUGGACACUCAACAUGUGUGGUGUUAUUUCUUUUAUGCUUUAUCUGUUGUGAUUGCUAUAUAACCAUGGAGGUCUUCUACUACUCUUUCCUCUUCUUAGGUCCUUCACCAAUUAAUAGCCCAUCUCAAAAAAGCCUCGCCUGGUGCGUUGCUGUCGUCGCCAAAUUCUGAAUUAUUCUUAAUCUUUAUUUCUCGAUCUAAUCCUUAAUCAUGAAGCUUACUGCCUCUGCUAUCUUUGCUUCUGCAAUCUUACUGCAAGAUGUCGCCGGCCGUGUCGUCGAACGUGCUACCGCCACACCUGUCAAGAACGCCGGCAAGCGUGGCCUUUCUUACAACAAUGCCGCCUACACCAUGCCCUUCUCGUUGUCUGGUCAGAACUCUCAGGUCUCCUGGGCAUACAACUGGUACUCAGCAGCCGGUAGCGGCUUGAACCCUGCAAUUGAAUAUGUCCCUAUGUUGUGGAGCAAUGCUUCCGAUCUUACUAGGGACUGGCCUGGCAACGCUCAAGCUGCUAUCAAUGCCGGUAGCAAAGCCUUGCUAGGCUUCAACGAGCCCGACCUUUGUCUCGCUGGUGCCGGAUCUUCCUGUAUGGAAAUGCCAUCAGCCGUCAAGGCAUGGAAGCAAUACAUGGAGCCUUUUGCCGGUAAGGCUCUUCUUGGUUCUCCUGCCGUGACGAAUGGAGGCUCGCCUAUGGGCUUGACGUGGCUUCAAAACUUCAUGGGCAACUGCACUGGCUGCCACAUUGACUUCAUCAACAUCCACUGGUACUCCAACCAUUGGGCCGGUGCAAACUACUUCAAGCAGCAAGUUCAGGCAGCUCAUGACAUGUCUGGUGGCCGUCCCGUCUGGGUCACCGAAUUUGGUCUUGACGGCAGCCAAGGCCAAACAACUGCUGAUCUCACAUCUUUCUUGGAGGAAGUCAUGGAAUGGAUGGACGCGCAGGAUUACGUUCACCGCUACGCCUACUUCAUGGACACCACUGGCAUGUUGAUGACCUCUGACGGAUCUGGCAUGAGCGACUUAGGCUCCAUGUACAACUCCUACCCCGAGGUGAGUGCUGCUUCUUCCGCUUCUCCCUCUUCGACAGCUGUGCUGUCCUCUUCCUCGUCUUUGACGGCUGCGCCGUCGAUUUCGUCAUCAUCUUCCGUAACCUCAAUCGCUGGUUCGACAUCGACUUACGUUUCUUCAAGGACUACGAGUGUGACGACUAGAUCGUUAACAACUGGUUCUUCCAAUAGCCAAAGUUCUGCCGCCGUAUCGACUACACAGAGCUCUUCCUCUUCUACCAAACCUGCCGUCUCGACGACCAUAUCUAAAAUUGGUACUUCGAGUGCGUCGGCCGCUGCAACCGCUCCUGCCGGCAUACAAGUUCUCAGCGCCUACUUUGCCGACAAAGACGUUACUGCUGCAGCUCACACUGCUUUUGUGCAGAACGGUAACUUGGUUGUCAAUACGUACACACUGGCUUCGGUAUUGUCUGUAUCAGACCCUUGGUAUGGCACCGUCAAGACCAUUUCGGUUCUGUACACCUAUAACGGCGCCACAUACAUCUUCGCAUCUGCCGAGCAGACCGGCACUUACACAAUUACUCCCUCCACCAUCCCCGCUUCUGCCAUGACACCUUCUGUUGCAGCGACCCAUGGCGCAAGUAUCACGAUCAUCGGUAUGGUCUGGGGCGCGCAGCAAAUCAAGACUGCCAGUGUUUUCGACCGCGUCGACUACCAGCAAGCCACAAACUGGGGCUUCCAGAUCAACACCAGUCUGUUCGGCGUCGAUGGCUUCUGGGGCCACGCCAAGGUUGGCAUAAUCUGGUACAGGGAUGCUCAGGGUGUGUUGAAGUCACUUUUCAGCAGAGAAGGUGGGUGGGUCAAGUUCUAGAACUGAAUUGGACCGUAAUCGUACAAAAGUACGUACUCGUACUCUAAUAAAGUAAUGUUUAUCUGAUCCUUCUUUCUUAGUGCACACUAGAAGGAAAUAGUAUUUGCAAUAGAUUUAGUAGAAGCUUUCUAGACACAUCCACUUUGUCUACCUCUGAUUCAUGGUGAAUUUGUUCUAGUCGAGUCAAGGGGGAGAGAUUGAGUCAUUGGUAUUCUAAAUUAGAGCGGAGUGGAUGUAACCCAAGCGACUCGACUUCGGAGACUCAGGCCGUUGGAGGAUACCCCUGAGGGAGCUUGCAUGUGAAAGGGCAGGAUUGCUCUGAGCCGUUUGCAGAAUUGGACUUGAGCGGAAUUAGUCCGCGAAGAGACAAUCAAUGAC